CUUUGGUUAGAAAUGGAAUAGGCUGCUACAGUGAGGUCUCUUCAAAUGAAAUCGUGUGUGUGGAAAUCCCCGAUCACAAAAUGGAGUUUCCAAAAUGAGUAAUUUUUUUGAAUUUGAUAGCUCUAUGCCUCCUUUGGAGGAGUUUCCAGAAGAUGAAGAAUAUGAUGUUCUUAAUGAUGAAACAUUUGGAUCAGGUGCAGUGGAAGAAUGGCAAGCAGAUGUGGAUGACAAAGGAUUUACAAAGAAUUCUGUAAAGGUGAUAUCCAAGCAUGGAUCAUCGCAGUCCAAAGCAUCCCCAAAUGAUUCCGGGUUUGCAAGUGCGGAACAGUUACAAUUCCAAGAGGAUGAGUUGGAACACAGCAUUUCUCAACUUGUGUUGGAUGAGGACCUAGAUGACCCGGCAAUAAGGAGUGCUACUCGUAAGCAUCCUGCGACUACUUACAUGAGGUCAUCGUCUCCUGCAGCCCCAUUCAGUGAUGAUCUCUUGUCAUCAACCAACAUCUGGGGCUCACCAGCACACCACUCUAGCAAGGAAGAUGAGUUGAAAGCUAUUCUUGGUAUUGGUAGGGACAUGAAUGAUGCAAGGUUACAGGAUUCUGCCAUUAUGUCAGCCAUACCGUCCCAAAAUCGAAUUGUUACAGCCGAAGAACUUGAGAAAGACUUACGGAGUAGAGCACCCCCAGCAAGGUCAGUCUCACCUGUCAUAGGCUCUCCACCUGCUUCGUCCAUGAUGCCUAUCGGCACUCCGCCCAGACACCAGUACAUGCAGAUGACACCAGGUGUAAUACCUGUACAGACUCCACCACAAAUUCUGCCCUCACCUAUGCAGCCAAGCAUCCACCAAUUAACUCAGCAAAUUCUACAGAAGACGGGGGGAAGUGGAAACCCCCAGCAGAUCAACCACAUGAUACAGAGAAUGUUACUUAACAGUGGGCGUGUCUCACCGACUCCAAUAGCUAAUGCCAUACUGGCCAGCUUUGCUCAGGGACACCAGCAAAUGAGUCCUAGGCCAGGCUUUACUAGGUCCCCUUUUCAUCAUUUUCAACAGGGCAGGGUUCCCUCAUCACCCAUGAGCAUGCCAGGUAGAGGUCCAUCCACACCUGGUAUGGGACAUCGCGGUGGUAUGAUGGGCAGUCCACAUCAACAUAGCCCACAUCAACAAAGUCCACAUCAGCAAAAUGCUGUCAGGCACUAUUCAGGAGGCCAUGGUGGUGAUGGGUACAACAGGAAUUAUAAUCAACACAAUUUUCAUUCACCAAAUCAAUAUGGACAGUUUAAUAGGAAUAACAGACAUUUUAGGCCCAACCGAAAUGAGUCUAGAGGCCACCCAUCCAAUCAAAACACUCAUAAUGGAGUUAAUGAUGAAUAUGCAAAUUUGAUGACACAGAAGGAGAAGGAUUGGGUGUUGAGGAUUCAAAUGCUACAGCUUCAGACAGAUGAUCCAAUGGUGGAAGAUUUCUACUACCAGAUGUUUAUACAGAAACAGAAGGCGAAAGAGCAGUGUGUAGAAGGCAUCCAAUCAGAAGGCCAGAAUAAGGAGAAGAAACCAAAGGUUCUACUGCCCCCACCUAAGCUUGAAAUAAGAGAAUACAAACCAAUGCAAUUUUCUGGAGCACUUGGUAAACUGACUGCAGUUAGUGUCAAUAACCCCAGGAAGAUCAUUGAUAUUGACAUGGGCAAUAGCAUUGAUGAAGAUGAGGAUUCAAAAACAAAGGCUGUUAUUCAUUCAAAUAAACAACAAAAAGCAUUACUAAUGAAGAUAGAGAAAUUAUACAUCCUUAUGCUUUCGAUAAAUGACCUGAAACGCCAGCUGGAUGAUGCGAAGGAGGUCACUGACCUUGAAACAUUACGAGCAAAUAGGAAAACGUUGCAGGAGAAGCUAUUUUCUGGUCUUCAUAUCGAACAGCAGCUAAAAGACAGGACUUUGGAUGAUCAAUUUAUAAAUCUUGUUUCUGUGCGAAAGGGGAGAAAGCUGAUUGGUCGAUCCUUAGACGUUCUAGAUUCUCAUUAUUCUUGUUUGGUGGUUGAAGCAGUGCUAAAGAAUCUUAGCAUACUUAUAAAGAGAGAGAUGCAGGAUGCUAAGAAGGAAAUGCAUCAAGAGACGCUACCAGCUAUGUAUCCCCCUUUGUUGAAAGUGAUUCAGUCUGCCGAACUAAGUCAGCUGACCUCAUUUGUAAGUCAACUGAUUUCACAUGAGGAGAAACCUGUUAAACCAACACAAGUUACCAUGGCUCUGCAACAUAAGUUUGGAUCUUCUGUGGUACUUGGCCUAGUAAACCAAGCAGAGGACAUCUAUACCAACAGCUCCUUGGUGGAUAUCGACAAUGCAACGCAAGAGGCCUGGACUAAUAAAGUUAAUGGUUUGGCAAGUGAAAUCUGUGCAAUUGACACAGCAAUAGCACCUUCAUACCAAGCAAAUCCCAAUGCCCUUAAACAUUUUGGUAGAUUCGUCAGCAAGCAUACAUAUAUAGCUUUAGAUAGGCGGUUAGGGUCAUUGAAUUCCAUUUAGAUCUUGACAUAUUUUUGAUGAGAGGAUCUAAAUAGGUAAGUUAUAUACAGACUACUGCAAGAACUUCAGUGACAGGGUUUUAAUAUAUAUAGCAUGCAGCUAGACCUUCAAUAGAAGAACAAAAAUACAAGCAUGUACAAUUUGGUACACAUUUCUACUGGCAGAAAUGAAAAAAGUUAAGAUUUGUUUUAAUUUUUAAUCUUUAUUUUUCAUAUUCAACAGAUGCUCAGGAGGUAGUGGAUUUUUUAUUAAGAUUUGUAAAGAAUAUCUGUUUACAUAUUUUACAAAAGUUAAUGGUAAAUAAUGGUUAUAAUUCUCAAUAUCAUGCUAAAUAAUAUAAACCCAUGAAAAACUUGUAAAAACCACAGUGUCUACCUACCUCAGGCUAAACUUCAGUAGAUACUCCAUCCUGCCAAUAUAUUGACUCUUGUUCAUCUCUAGCACUGCUAACAUGUAAUCUGUUGUGGAAGUUUUUACUACAUUAUGGCUACGUUCAGACUUGGAGAUAAGCCAGACUUGAGUUAAGCCCGGCUCAAUGUUAAGCCCAGCUUAACUUUGCUGGGCGUUCAGACUAGCGGGUUUAGCCAGGCGAGAACCGUAACCAGGAAACAUGUUUCAAAACAUUGCACUCGCAAAACGUACGCUCGCUCAUAGCGUACGUAAUUGAAUGCUGAUUGGUCAUUUCGU